AAGAAACAAAUUAUGAUUGGCGCGCUUGUAACUUCCUAUCAGGAGAUAACUCUCAACGGUCUCUUGGUCGUCAAGUGUUUGUAUUGUUCUUCGUUUUCCAGUAUGAUCACGCUUUAGAAGAAUCGUUUACUUUGGUAUUGGGUUUCUUCACAAAUAAAUGUCAAGUGUCAAGUUAAUUUAAUCUGAAACCAGACAUGGCAAAUCGAGGAACUCCUCCUGGUCUCGAGUACCUGACCAUGGUCGACCAGCUGCUGAUUCAUCAGAAAGCAGAGAUCUUAGAAGCACUUACUGGAUUUGAGACAAGUAAUAAGUAUGUCAUAAAAAACAGUCUCGGACAGCAAAUCUAUUAUGCUGUAGAAGAUACUGACUGUUGUACUCGAAACAUCUGUGGCCGGAAACGGCCAUUUGACAUGAAGAUUUUGGACAAUGCACAGAACGAGGUUAUCCAUCUGUACAGACCUCUGAGAUGCACUAUGUGCUGUUUUCCCUGUUGUUUACAAAAGAUUGUGGUGGAGGCGCCCCCUGGCCAAGUGGUGGGUUACGUCAGCCAGUGCUGGUACCUGUGUUACCCUCACUUCACUGUCAAGGACAGCCAGCAGAAUCCAUUUUUCAAGAUCAACGGACCACUCUGCCAGUGUUCUAUGUGUGGAGAUGUGGAAUAUAAGAUUAAUACUUUCGACGGGGCAGUGCAUGUCGGGCAGAUCAACAAGCAGUGGAGUGGUGUGCUGAAGGAGCAGUUCACCGAUGCAGACAACUUUAGCAUCAGCUUCCCACUCAACCUGGAUGUCACCAUGAAGGCCGUCUUACUGGGAGCAGUGUUCCUCCUUGAUUACAUGUUCUUUGAAAAAGGUACCGAUGAAAAUCAAGGACUUUUACAACGAAUGUAACGAAAUAAAUUUGUAUGCAUAA